GCCGCCGCCUCCCGCCGCCGGUUCCGGGUCUGGGCCCCUCCGGUUCCGCUUCCGGCUCGGCCCCGCGUGCGCGGCGCGGGGAGAUGCGGCCGCUCACCGAGGCGGAGACGCGGGCGGUGUUUGAGAAGCUCGGGAGAUACAUCGGCGAGAACAUCCAGCUGCUGGUGGAGCGUCCCGACGGCACCUACUGCUUCCGCCUGCACCGCGACCGCGUCUACUACGUGAGCGAGAAGCUGCUGAAGGGGGCGGCCAGCAUCCCCCGGCACAGCCUGGUGGCGCUGGGCACCUGCUUCGGCAAGUUCACCAAGACGCAGAAGUUCCGGCUCAACGUCACGGCGCUGGAUUUCCUCGCGCCCUACGCCAAGUACAAGGUGUGGGUGAAGCCCGGCUCCGAGCAGUCCUUCCUCUACGGCAACCACGUGCUGAAGUCGGGCCUGGGCCGCAUCACGGAGAACACGGCGCAGUACCAGGGCGUGGUGGUGUACUCCAUGGCCGACGUCCCGCUGGGGUUUGGGGUAGCUGCGAAGUCCACCCAGGACUGCCGGAAGGUGGACCCCAUGGCGAUCGUGGUGUUCCACCAGGCCGACGUCGGGGAGUACGUGCGGAGCGAAGACACGCUGACCUAGGCGGGUGUGAGAGCCUGGGAGCUGUGAGCGUUUCUGGGCAGAAGGGACUCGUCCUGCACCCUGCGCGGCAGCACGCGGAGCCGCUGGGAGCUCACCCCAGGGGGGCGGCCGCUGCCACCAUGAGCGCGCGGAGGCACCAGAGCUGGUGCUGCGGUUGCAUAAAGCCCGUUCCUUCUCCCCAA